GCUUUACCCAACAGACAGACCCCCUAUCGGCAAGCUUUCCUGCUAUCUACAAUCGCUAGCCAGCUUACGCUUUCAGGAGAGAUUCAACCACCCAAAUACCAUCAUGUCCUCAAGAACACUGCCUCUGCUAUUCAUCAACCUCGGCGGAGAAAUGUUGUACAUCCUGGACCAGCGGCUUCGAGCUCAGAAUAUCCCUGCUGACAAAGCUAAGAAAGUUAUGAAUGACAUCAUCACCACCAUGUUCAACAAAAAGUUCCUAGAAGAGCUUUUCAAGCCACAGGAGCUUUACUCCAAAAAAGCUCUGCGGACUGUGUUCGACAGGUUGGCCCAUGCCUCCAUAAUGAGACUCAAUCAAGCUAGCAUGGAUAAGCUCUAUGACUUGAUGACCAUGGCUUUCAAGUACCAGGUGCUUCUCUGUCCCCGACCUAAGGACAUCCUCCUCGUCUCCUUCAACCACAUGGAUGCAAUCAGAGACUUUGUGAAAGACUCUCCCAGCAUUCUCAGCCAGGUUGACGAGACGUACCAACUGCUCAUUGAGAUGUAUACACCCUUGUCUAGUGGGGACUUCCAGCUGAUCAGACAAACUCUCCUUAUCUUCUUCCAAGACAUGCAUAUAAGAGUGUCUAUUUUCCUCAAGGACAAAGUGCAGAACUCCAAUGGCCGCUUUGUACUUCCCACCAGUGGUCCAGUGCCUCAUGGAACACAAGUCCCUGGCUUGAUAAGGAUGUUUAGCUGUACUGGUGAAGAGGUGACCAGGCUGCAGUUCAGUAGUGGAGGAAACUAUACCGCUGCUCUCCGGGAGGGAUCUUUUGAGAUAUUUGGAGACCGGGUCACCAAACUAGGCACAAACAUGUACAGUGUAAGCCGCCCAGUGGAGACCCUCAUGUCAGGAACAUCUAAAAAUUCUGCUCAGCACACUAAGGUCAACACUGCUCCCAACCCUCUGGCCAAAGAGGAGCUGAAUCUGUUGGCCAAGUUAAUGGGAGGAUUAGAAGUUCAGAAACCAGGGAAUGCAGACAGCGGCUUCAGAGUCAACCUCUUUACCACUGACGAGGAAGAAGAAGAGGCAUUAAUAUCAAGACCAGAUGAACUUUCAUAUGGAGUCAUAAACAUUCAAGCAACAAAGAACCAGCAAGCCAAUGCAGAGCUGGCCAAGAUCAUGGGAGAGUUCACAGAGUCUGGCGAUCAGUCUCCCAGUGCCAGCAGCAAAGGAGAUGACCUUCUGGCCAUGAUGGACGGCCUGUAACGUGGUCACCCUGACAGAAAUGCCCAGGGGGUGCAGCACAAUGCAUCGUCAACAGUCUGUUCUACCGAGGACCAGUCUGCUGUCUGUGCCUGCAAAUACACAGCAGCAACCUCACGUGCAGCCAGAAAACCUUCUUUGGGUGCUUUUCAAAAUGCAGAUGUGAUCAGUUUCCAUUGGUUCUCAAAUGACCAACUACAAACUGCAAAUUUGAAUAGCUAACAAUUAAGAAUGUGGCGAGCCAAGCUUUAAGCUGCAAUACACUGUAAUGGUAUGUUUUCUGUAAACUGAAAAGAGGUUCAGUACAUCAAACAUACAGUAGGCCUAUAUCAGUGUUUUCAACAUGUGUAUGUGGUAAUUGCAAAACAUCUCUUUGUAAAAAGUCAAGAUUUUGCAUUUUUCUGGGUCCGACUGUGCUGCUGCACGCAAAAUACACAUUCCUUUACAUAAUUUAUUUUUAAUGUUAAUAAUACAUCACAGUUUUAGAUGAUUUUCAUGCUUUUAGUCCCUAAUUUCAUGUUUGUUUGUUACACAGUAUUAAUUUAGAAUUUGUUAGGUUCUGUAUUCUUCUGUAUUGUUAUAAAAACAUUGUUAAAUGAUAUUGUGGGGAAAUUGGAUGAAACCCAAGUGCUCUUUAUAAUUCACAUUCCCUCAAAUCUUUAUUUUGGUAAGAAUUAUGUUUAUUUUGCAUCACGCUGUACUACCUUAAGACACUAUGAGGAGCAACUUGAAAGACAUUUUUCACUACAGAUGUCUCUGAAUGUUGAGCUAUGGUCCAGAAAUUUGUUAGUAUAAUAUAGAGUAAUGCAAUAUAAGUUAUUGUCUAAUAUGUAAAUAUGUUUAUUGCAUAAUUUAUUUAUUUGAAUGUAACAUUGUCUGUGUAUAGGGAAGUGCAUAUUGCUGCAGUUGUUAAAUUGUUGAAUACAAUGUAAGAUUUUUAAUAAAUAGCUUCAAUAAAAAA